GACCUAAAAGCUACAUUUUCCGACUUGGCCGCGAAAGCGCCGUCUCAUUCAUUGUUCAGCCCAGGCAAGUCAGUCACUCAGUUUCUGCUCAAUUUUGGCUUGCAUCGCUUUUAAAUCACAAGCUUUUUGUACAUUUUGGUUUUUUGUUCUCUCUUGAUUUUGAGUUAAAUCUUGGACUGGAGGGUAAAUUCUGAUCGUCCUUUUUGCUUAUUCACGCCACUCGCCGCCGUGCAAACGAAACGGUUACUUUAACCUAGGCAACUUAAAAUCAGAGUGUUUUUUUUUAUGGCUUGCUUGCUUCAAGGACGGCCCGUUGUUACCUCUCUGCUGUACCUUGUCUGUAUAACCCACAUACAUACCGUUUACCUUAAUCUCGAUUAAAGUGGACGCCGCAGACGGCACUAAGCACCCUCGUUGCCUCUUCAUUGCUUUCUUUUGCCAAUCUUCAAUCCCAUACGACCUAACAUACCACUUUGUCGGGCCGCCUACAUAUCAAGAAUCUAGCCCCCCGUCUAGUCUAGUCUAAAAGCACAGGCCGGCCCGCGCCGCCUGAACGAUAUCGGAUCUUGCUACCUACCUACAGUUGCGCAAACCAAAUCCCAUCCCAGGUUCACAUCCAGCUACCUGACCUCGUCCAUUCUCUGCAUACGGCUGGUUCGACCUGUCAGUUACUGUCGCCUCCAUCACCAACCGGCCCGCCCGAAAACAUGGCCACUGCUUCGCAGGAUCAACCCCCAACCUUCCGGCGCGACUCGCCGUCACCCGAGAUAGCCCCGACCCGAGCUAUAGGGGCCUGCCCAGAACUAUCCCGCUGUCUCUCGACUACCUCACUGGGCUCACAAGGGUCCGCCACUACUGACGGCUCGCGUCCUCGAGAGUCACUCGGGGCAGCCAGCGACACGUCCAACUUAUCCCGCCACUCUUCAGCAAGCUUUGCUUCUUCUCGUCUCUCCGAUGUGAGUGGGCUCGGUGUCGACACGUGUAGCGGAAGGAGCUUCAGUGGCAGCCGCUACUCGACAAUGAGCAUGGACAGGCCCGCCGCCCAGCGCUCCUCGUCUCGCCGACGCGGCUACAUGCGCCCUUGUGGAACUGAUUUUGCCGCCAGCGCCCGCCAACGAGAGAGCGUCCUCAGUCUUGGCAGCAUCACACAUCUACAGUACUACUUUGCCAGGACUGGUCUUCUCGACGGCAAGGGUGGUAACCUCGGUCGGAGGAGGAAUCAGAAGGCACAGACUCUGGACUUCUCCCAGCUGGACAGCUCCGCCUUCAAGAAGACUGGCAGCGGGUCAGAUGUCGACUCAUCAUAUGCCUCCAUGGGCAGUAGCCCGGAUCUGGGCGCACAACAAAGUGGCCUUGUCGAAUCUCCUGUCCGGGAAGAGCACAUGGGGGACGAAGCGUACUUUGACGAUGAUGUUUCUGACCCGGAGGACUACGAUGGGGCCGAGCAUGGCAUGCUCCCGCCAACCACCAGCACAUAUAUCCACCGCGAGAAGCCUGUGCCCAAGCCACCGUCCAUGUCUGAGCUGCGCGCAGAGUUGACGAGUGCCCUUGAAACAGCCACCAAGGCAUUGUCUGAGGCCAAAGAAGGUAAGGACGCGUCCAAGGUUGAGGACCCAGAAGACAAGGAGAACAGCACACCCUCCACGAAGGCUCCAGGGUGGUUCGAGGUCCAGGGUGUACACAUCCUCGACGUCAUGACGCUAGCUAUUCGAGCAGCCAAGGUCUACUACACGAGCCACGAGCACCCGCAUAAGCUCGACGCCAUCAAGUCGGAAAAGGCUGUGCGUGCCGAGCUUCUUUCCGUCAUGGACGCCUUGAAGCGCAUGGCCUCGCGCAACUUCGCCGGAGGCAUACGUAAAGACGAGUUUGCCACUAUGGAUGGCUGGGUCGCCGGUUUGAAAGAUAUGCUGAGCCGUGAAGACAAAAUGGUCGCUGAUGAGCGGAAAGAGGUUGCCAGUUGGACCUGGCUCAAGGACGCCGAUUGGUCUGAUAGUUUGGAGAAGCGCGUCGAGCGCGAGUACGCCUUCAUCAAGUCCCUGCUAGCUGGGAACGGUUCAUUUCCUGAUCAGGGUACUGGCACAACUACACCGACCCAGAUCACGUCGCCAACGACAACCUCGUUCCCUGGCGCCACCUCAUCAUCAACAGCAUUACCUCUAGCAACCGCAACGCCAGACGAAGAGACUUUGCCGGAGUGGAAGCCCAUAGACCGCGAUACCUCGCUUGAUAGUCAAACUGUGCCAACACCGUUUCUGCGCGCCAUGCAGAACGGCAAGUUCUUGGUCCGGCUGCACAACGGAGCCGUGCAUAAGUCGCAGCGACGCUUCGGUGCCAUUGGUUCGUACCACCAAGACACGGCCAAGCCAUACCGUUCCGCCGACAACAUUCGUUACUGGGUUAAGGCCGCUGAGCUACGCUGGGAGGUCCACCUCAAAGGCGUUGAUCCUCUGGCCCUUGUUUACGAUAACGCCGGCCCUCAGGUUUGGGUGGCAUUUGAGGAUGCCAUAUUAGACUGGUGCCGUAAGGUCAGAGAGGAGAUCACUGCCGAGCUUGUUGCUGCUAAACUGGUCUGAUUCCAGUUUCCCCUCUGGCUCUCCGGUCCUUGACGGGGCUGCGGGCUUGUAAGCCCUAUGUUCACACAUGAAUCCUAUGACAAUAAAUACCCUUGUAUGAAGCUGCGGCAGGAGCAUUUUUAAAGCUCCCGCGUUGUUGUUUCUCUUCUCGCUUUAUCCCUCAACUUUUAGGCCAAGAAGCCAUUCUCUUCACACACACGGACAUGUGUCAAUGCACGCUAGGUCUCUUCAAAGAGACGUUCUUUGUCUACUGCGGUCUACAUUUAGUGCAUUUUGUUCUUCUCCAACGACCAUCUCGUCGCCCAUUUUUGUUUUUAUGGACAUCUUUCUCUUUGUCAUGUCACAUAUACCCCCCAAGCAUCGCUUCGAUAGGGCGUCUUCAUUUGCUUCGUCCGAGUCUCUAUUUUCAUGGACAUUCUGUUUUCUUGGAGUCUUCGAUACUGAACUUCACACUGAUAACCCAUAAGUACCUAAAUCCGUUUUUUUCCCCUUUCUUUAGAAACUAUAAGAAUUCGGGGGGUUUCUCGACCUUUUGCCUCCAAAAAUGUGUGUUGACUAGAUUUGGUUUAAUAACAAAGGUUUUCAUUCAUAAUCAUGAUCCCU